AUGACGGAGGCUACAGUCUUUUCGAAACAUCAAUCUCGCAAACCGCGCCGCCCGAAACGGCCGCCGCUGACUCACUUUCUCUGUUUUCCUCUGGUGAACACUGCAUCAAUACCUCAGCUAGAGUCAUCGCUCGCAACGUUUAAGACAGCUCACCUGCUUCGACCGGGGCUAACUCCCCAGCAAACCUCCAAGGAGCAUGCAGAUACCUCCCGUUUAUGUCUCCCCGGCAAAGCGUUCCGGCCACUUGGCACACUUCACCUUACGCUUGGGGUGAUGAGCCUUCCCAGCAAGGAGCGCCUCAAUCAAGCUAUUGCCUUUUUUCAAUCCCUCGACUUGGCAGCGAUGAUAAGGGAGGUGGAACAAGUGUCAACUCCAGCACAAGAAGAAAACGCAAGCCAUCAACCUUCACCUUUCACUAUCUCUCUUGAGUCAUUGCAUGCUCUGCCACGCCCGAAAUCAGCAACUGUCUUGCAUGCAUCUCCAAUAGAUCCCACGGGCCGUCUGCUUCCAUUCUGCGUGAAGUUGCGUGACAAAUUCAUCGAGGCUGGCUUUAUCCAAAAUGAGCCGGAGACAAAACCAGGCAGUCAGAAUUCAUAUAAUGCUUUGACGCAAGGAAAUCCUUCAUUCUCCGAGUCCAGUGCACUUCCUGGUAAUUCGGCUUUCCGCCCAGAAGAACAGCAAAUCCUUCCUGAGACCUCAGGCUUGACAGAGAACCCGAGCCCAUCUAUAGUUCCACAAGCCCGGAAGCCAAAACCGCGACCGCUUCUUCUGCAUGCAACUCUUGUCAACACAAUCUAUGUUCGUGGAAGGCAUAAUAUCCAGAAUUCACAAGGCAAAGACCCAUCGGGUAACAGCCCCUCGAAACGCAUGACAUUUGAUGCUCGCAGUCUAGUUUCACAGUACCGCCAUUACUACUCGGAUGACAACCGGACUGUUUUGCACACACUACCUAUUGGCUCUUCUGCAGACAUAAAAACAGAUCGUCGCAUUGCGAGUCAAUCAAAUUCCGGCGAAGGCACUACGGAAGAAAGCAUUGAGCAGCUCAACCCCGAGAACCACGAAAACCUCGCAGUUCCUUCUCUUCCACCGUCACCCACCUACCCCUUCAUUUGGGCAAAGGAGAUUCCUCUGGAUACUAUUUCCAUCUGUGAAAUGGGGGCAAGGAAAUUGCAUCCCGGUGUGAAUGACGGUCACGGCUUGAACGAGCGCCUCGGUGAGCAAUACACGGUCGUUGCGGAACGGAGUCUGCUUCCAAUAUAG